AUGUCUCAACGACUGCACAAUACGGAGGGUUGGGAAGAUGAUAAGGGCCAAGAGCAGUCUCGCCCUGCACCUUUGCAACAAAUCUCCGCCGCCACCGCUAUGUCCGCUACCCGUAUGCCCGCCCCCGGGCUCCCAGCCGCUCCAGCUACCGGUUCUGCCGAUACAGAGACGUCCGCCGGCUACAAGAUUUCGUGGAAACAAUUCUUCAACAAACUCAUCUACUUCUUCCUAUCUAAAUUGGUCUGCAUGGAUAACAAAAGGCCGAAGCAGGUGGAAGUAGGCUUAUUUCUUUUCCUCCUACGACAUUUCAGAAUAACGCUAACACCUGUAAAGAAUCUGUAUUACAACGUUCUCCUGGCACGUGGCCAUGUUCGCUUGCUUCAACUAUUGCCGCAUGAAAACGAGGACACCGCAAUACACUGUCGGCUCUUCUGCACCACAUUGGACUCAAAAGGCACUCGUCCGUACGAGGCCUUAUCCUACGUGUGGGGCUCCGAGGCCAACCCUUGUUCCAUCUUUAUAAACGGGUGCGCCUUCACCGUCAGGGAAAACCUUUACGCAGCGCUGUUACAUCUUCGAGAUCACUCCAUUCAACGAACUAUAUGGAUAGAUGCUAUUUGCAUCAACCAAGGAGACAACGAAGAAAGAGGACACCAAGUUCAAUCUAUGGCGAAGAUCUACGCUAAAGCAAGUCGCGUAAUUGUUUGGCUUGGAAAGGAGGCAGCCGGUAGCGACCAAGCGCUCGAAGAAAUACGCAUCGCAGCCGAGCUUUCUAAAAGACGAUUAUACAAUAAAGGGGGAAUCCUUACACUGCUUGAACGACCGUGGUUUCAGCGCAUCUGGGUGCUUCAGGAAGUUGCCGCGGCUCGCCAUAUCCUGAUCAAGUGUGCAUUGAACCUGUCCAAUGAACUCCCCGCAGACUUGUGGGCUCAAAUCCUUUCGGUAACCUACCUCAUACGGGGCGCAAUCUUCCGGCCCAAAUACGUCUACGCAACCAGUCAGGCGGACAACUUUUCUCUUAACAUACGCCCUCUAGGCGAAUUGAUAGAGAUGUACCACACCCGCGAAGCUACGGAUCGUCUCGAUAAAGUAUAUGCCUUACUCGGUAUGAGCUCUGAUAAUCCAACCGCAGCAGGAUUAUUCGCCGACUACAACAUUUCGUGGAAACAACUCUUCAACAAACUCAUCCACUUCCUCUUAUCUGAAUUGGUCUCUGUAGACCUUUCGGACGAUAAGGAAAUUGCCGUCAUUGAGGGCAAGGGCUGCAUUCUUGGCGAAGUGUCCUCGGUCACGAGAAAUACUAUUUGGGAAGACAGACAAGAAGUGGUCAUUACUUGGAGGAAUGCCCCCAGCUAUAUUUGCGUGAAGGAAGCAUGGGGCUUUUGCUGGACCCUCCCGACCAUGGUAAAAUCCGUCCAAAAAGGAGAUCUCAUCUACCUUCUUCAAGGAGCGUCGAGACCUACGAUCCUCAGGCCAUACAACGAUCACUGGGCGGUUAUAAUGAUUGCAGUUUCCCCAGCAGGCGAUUCACAAGCUACGACCGGAGAUAUCAAGUGGUCAGAACUUUUACAAUCGAUAACAGUCUUUCCACACAAUUUUCUACUUAUCUGGGCUUGGGAUAUAGAUCCAGACAGGCAGCAAGAUAAAAACAACCAUGACUACUUGACAAGUAUUCCAGUACUAGAGCAUUCAAAGACAGAGUUGGAAGGUUGUCUAAAGGCGGUGACUAGGAUACGGAAUGUCAGAUUGGUAUUACAAGAAGUGAAACAGUAUGGAGUUGUAGUGAAGAAUCUUCGGGAAGAAACGGCGGUUCUUGAGAGGGCAUUGAGGAGCAUGGGCAACCUAAGAAAGACUUGCCUAGGUCCCGAAGAUUCAGAAAAGGAAGAUGCAAAGGAAACAAUGGACAAGGGCCAAUGGACGCUUUUAUGCUUGGCGGCAGGAAACGGGCAUAGGACAGUCGUAAAAUUGCUUCUCGACACCGGCAAGGUCAACUUGCAUAAGGAGGAGCUACGGACGGUGCAGUGGUUUGCGGCGCAAAAAGACUAUAAAGCGAUCGUUAAGCUGCUUCUCGAUACUGGCAAGGUUGACACAGAUCCUGAGGAUGGGGCUGGACAGACAGCGCUGUAUCAAGCGGUGAUAACUGGGUAUAAGGUAGUCGUUCAGCUACUUCUCGAUACUAGCAAGGUGCUAAGAAUGAGAAUGGACAGACAGCGCUGCAUAUGGCGGUAG